AUGGACCUGCACCAGCUGUACUUGGACCGCCUCAGACAGCGCGAUCGUAUAGAGGGCAACUUUUGCUACCUGUUCGAGGCCGCCGUUGUGCUAGAAACCGCACAACCGCCGCAGGACAGCCGCGACCUGGUCGCAAAGAGCCUACGCGAGGAGCUCCAUGCGCACGAGCAAGAGAUCCACAAGCUCAAGGACAUCGUGCAUCUGCGCAGCAAAGAUGCGGAAAAGCUGAACGACGAGAUCAUCAGCCUGAACAUCGAGAACAGCCUCCUGCAGGAUAAGCUGACCGCGUUGCAGGCAGAGUACGACAAGCUGAUCCAGCGCUGGCUCGCAAAGGCCCAGUCGGAGGCUGACGCGAUGAACCAGGGGCUGGCCUGA